UGCCACGAUGGCCACAUGUGCUAUUAUAGAAAAUGUGUCACUCUUCAGUGCACCAAGGACGGCCAGAUGAUAGUGGUGGUGGCCAGAGAAGUCACCCUGCCAAAUAUCGACCUAGAGUCCAUCUCAUUCAAUGAAAACGGGCUAGGAUGCGGCACAGUUGACACCACUUCAGCUUUUGCCAUCUACCAGUUCCCCAUCACUGCCUGUGGCACUGUCGUGACGGAGGCUCAAGAUGUGGUAAUAUAUAAGAACCGGAUGUCGGCCUCCUUUGAAGUUGCUGUUGGACUGCGGGGAGCGAUUACCAGGGACAGCCAAUACCAGGUGCUUUUGCAGUGUAAAUAUGCGGGCUUGUCCACUGAAGCGCUGGUCGUUGAGGUGGACCAGCUUCCUCAACCGAAUCCAGCUGCAGCUCCUGGGCCCUUAAAUGUGGAGCUCCGGCUGGGCAGUGGAGUGUGCACAACCAAGGGUUGUGUUGAAGAGGACGUGGCCUACAAUUCUUUCUAUGAGGACAGUGACUACCCGCUGGUAAAAGUGCUCAGAGAGCCGGUGUAUGUUGAGGUCAGAAUGCUGGCAAGGACUGACCCCAACCUGAUGUUGACUCUUGGGCGAUGCUGGGCCACUGCUGCCCCCCAGCCUCAUAGCGUGCCUCAGUGGGACUUGCUGAUUGAUGGAUGCCCUUACGUGAAUGACAAUUACCAGACCACUCAGGUUCCAGUUGGCCCCUCUUCAGGCCUCAUGUACCCCACCCACCAUAGGAGAUUUAUCUUCAAGAUGUUCCAUUUCUUGUCCACUGUGGUAAAUUAUUCCGGCAAGGGCGGAGUCAAAGAUCCUGAAGUUACAAAUCCUCUCAAGCGAAAGGUGUACAUCCACUGCUACGCAUCUGUGUGUCAGCCGUCAGCCGAAAACACCUGUCAUCCCAGGUGCUUCCGGACGCUCAGGGACCUCGGCAGCGCCACUUUCCAAAAGACCAAUGAGCAGGACAGCGCUUUGGUUACCAGUUUGGAGAUUCAGUAUAUUGAGAGGAACUGA